AUGGACAGAUCUGUCUCACCGCUCGGUGUGACCGCCAAUGUGACCCAGCCUCCGCUCAACGCCACAGUGAAGCCGUUCAGUGUGUUUGAUGGCUGUGAGCAGUACAUCGAGGCCAUUCUCUUUGACCUCACCCUUCAGACCAUCAACGUCAUCGUGGGGAUUCCUGCCAACUUACUUGUCAUUGCCAUUCUCAUCUACAAUCGUAAAGAACCCUCCACUUCAGACAUUUUCCUGGGCUGCUUAGCUUUCAUGGACGCCUACUUUGGCACCAUGACCCCCCUUAAUUUCCUUAACCUCUACCUCUGGCACAGCAAGGAAGUGUGGUCAGCCAUUAAGUUCUCCUUUGGUGUGAAAGACACCAGCGGCCCGUUGUUUCUCUCCUGUAUCUGCCUGGACCGCUUCUUGGCCGUGCUCUUUCCCAUCACGUUUGGGCAGCUGAAACACAUCAAGUACAGGGUGAGCCUCACUGCGCUCGUGCUCUUCCUCACCUUCGCCUAUUCUGCAACCAAAAUGGUGGGGGGCUUCCACAACUUUGAGAAGGUCUUCACCUAUGAGAUCCUGGCAGCCUUUGGCUGGAUGGUGGUGUGUAACGCAAGCAUCCUUCGAGCCCUUAAGAAGUCCCCCAGUGCAGGGAGAGACAGCAUGCACCCCAUGAAGAAGAAGGCCUUCAAGAUGGUGCUCUCCAUCCUUUGCAUCAUCAUAUUCAACUACCUGCCACCGGUUGCUCUGUUCCCUUUUGAGGACCAUUACUCUCCUGAUGUGUUUCGCUGCUACGUGCAGCCUGCGGGCUUUGCCUUCAUGAACAUCAGCAGCACCAUCCAACCACUCGUCCACUUGUCUCGUCUGGAGAAGGUCCCUUUCCUCCCAGAGGCCUGGGUGAACAAAAUAUGUUCCUGCAUCUCUGCAGGGAGCAGCAAGCCUGCAUCUGAACAAAACACAUCUGCAUAG